AUGUUCACUCCAGCAAGGCGGCGCUGUGUCAGCGCAAUCAAGAACUCUCGUUCCGCAGAAGUUUCCAUUCCCGCAUUCCUCCUCCCGGCUUUCCAGCAGCAAUCGUCGUCCUUUUCUACCUCGUCGCCAUGUCAGUCAAAGAUUGGUAGCGCACCGCUAUCAUUGCCUCCGGAUGUCAAGUUCAACAUCGUCGAAGCGGCCGUUCAGAAGAAGGGUGCCAGAGUCAGCCGUACACAGGAAGGCGCAACAAUCCACAUUGAGGGCCCUCUUGGAAAGCUGUCUAUGCCCAUCCCCGCAUACAUGAAUAUUGUCUCGGACGAAGCAAAACGCACAUACAGCUUGAGCAUUCUGGACCAGGAGGAGAGAAAGCAGAGGGAGAUGUGGGGCCACUCUGCCAUCCUUCGUCUUGUUGGUGUCGGUUACCGUGCAACCGUCGAAAAGUCCGCCGUCACAAAACAGCCCGAGUACCCUGGCCAGGAGUUUGUCUCUCUCAAAGUUGGCUACUCACAUCCCAUCGAACUCGGUGUACCUAAGGGUGUGAAAGCGAGCACCCCUCAGCCUACACGCAUUCUGCUUGAGGGCGUCGAGAAGGAGGUUGUGAAGCAAUUCGCUGCCGAGAUCCGUGCAUGGAGAGUGCCCGAACCCUACAAGGGAAAGGGUAUUUUUGUCAACGACGAAACCAUCAAGCUGAAGGCCAAGAAGAUCAAAUAG